CCAAAUCAUUCUAGAAUUUCCACGAACUAUGCCCUAAUAACUCCCAAAAGAAUUUGGAAAUACUAGCCAUUCCUAUGAUAAAGCGAUUACCAAUUAUAGCCUAGCCUCACAGGUUUUGAAAUUUGCUGGUCUCUUAUGUCUCAACCAAAACCACUCGUUCUACGGAGCAUUUUUAGCAUAUCCCUGUUUGUAGCCAUUGACCCCGCUUCUCUUCCACCACCUUUCUCGAGUUGCCUAAAAAUUUAAUGACUAUAUUUCGCCGCUCUAUGCCUGAAUUCCAGAUCGAAAUUUCCCCUUUACUUUGGAGCACCGCACAACAAAAUUCUAAUGAUCUCUUUUAUUUCUUGGGCUGUUCACUUGUAGAUAGAUCACACUAAAUUUGUACUUCAAUUUAAGAUUGCUUUCCGGAUGCAGUUUCUAUAUGGACAAUUGUGUAUAGGCUUAUAGAAUUAGUUGGGAUCGUGGUGCCGCAAUUGUUUCCCUCUUCUCUUGCCCGUAAUGGAUUCAGCGAGGAGCUGGUUCACCAAGCUCCAAACGCGGGAGAAAUCCAUUGGAAAGAAGAAGGAAUUGCCUCCCAAUGGCAAGGAAUCCGGCGAUGAUGCGCCAUCGAGUGCAACCAAGCAGAGGGUUGCGGCGGCCAAGCAGUACAUUGAGAAACACUACAAGGAGCAAAUGAAGCAAGUGCAGGACAGGAAAGAAAGACGGUGUAGUCUAGAAAAGAAAUUAGCAGACGCUGAUGUGUCCGAAGAGGAGGUUCACAACAUCCUGAAGCAGUUUGAGAAGAAAGAGACGGAGUACAUGCGCUUGCAAAGGCAUAAAAUGAGCGUCGAGGAUUUUGACUUGCUAACGAUGAUAGGCAAGGGAGCAUUUGGUGAGGUCAGAGUCUGCAGAGAGAAGACCACAGGAAAUGUCUAUGCGAUGAAGAAGCUUAAAAAGUCUGAAAUGCUUCGUCGAGGUCAGGUUGAGCAUGUUAGAGCUGAAAGGAAUCUUCUUGCAGAAGUGGAUCACCACUGCAUUGUCAAACUAUAUUGCUCAUUCCAGGACAGUGAGUACCUGUACCUGAUCAUGGAAUACCUCCCAGGAGGCGACAUGAUGACGCUUCUCAUGAGGAAAGACACAUUGACUGAAGAUGAGGCCAGGUUCUACGUUGGUGAGACGGUUCUUGCGAUUGAAGCGAUCCACAGGCACAACUACAUCCACAGAGAUAUCAAGCCUGAUAACCUGCUACUGGAUAAGUAUGGUCACUUGAGAUUGUCAGAUUUUGGAUUGUGUAAGCCGUUAGACUAUUCCAACUUCCCAGACCUGAACGAAAAGGACGUUACGCCUACGAAAUCAUCGUCGGUGCAUGGGGAUGGGAAGCAGCAGUCGAUGCCAAAGCGCUCACAGCAAGAACAGUUGGAGCACUGGCAGAAGAAUAGAAGAACUUUGGCUUACUCAACUGUUGGAACACCAGACUACAUCGCUCCAGAAGUUCUUCUGAAGAAGGGCUAUGGGAUGGAAUGUGAUUGGUGGUCCCUUGGUGCGAUUAUGUACGAAAUGCUAGUGGGUUAUCCUCCAUUUUAUUCAGAUGAGCCUAUGACAACCUGUAGAAAGAUAGUAAAUUGGAGAACACAUUUGAAAUUUCCUGAAGAAGCGAGGCUAACAGCAGAUGCGAAAGAUCUCAUAAGUAAACUACUUUGUAAUGUCGACCAACGCCUCGGGACAAAAGGCGCAGAAGAAAUAAAGGGGCACCCCUGGUUCAGUGGAUUAGAAUGGGAUAAGCUAUAUGAAAUAGAAGCUGCGUAUCUGCCUCAAGUCACAGACGAGUUGGACACUCAGAACUUUGAGAAAUUUGAAGAGUCCUCAGAUAGUGUUCAGUGUUCAGCAAAGACGGGCCCUUGGAGAAAGAUGCUUUCUUCAAAGGAUCUGAAUUUUGUGGGUUACACCUACAAGAACUUUGAACUUGUGAACGAUCACGAUGUCCCCGGCAUGGCUGAGCUGAAGAAGAAGGAGAAGGCAAAGCGACCAAGCGUCAAAUAUCUCUUCGAUUCACCUCAAGGAGAGGGAGAGGAGGCGCAUCAGCCUGAAGACGAAACAGCCUCCGCCGAAGGAAGCGCCCGGAAACCAGCAGAGCCUGAACUGACCAGAAGCCUCAGCUCGCCAUCCACAUGAAACUAACGCCGCUUCUCCAACAACGCCUAUCAUGACAUGUCUGUCACCAGACACCAGUUGGUGAGAGCGAGAGCUAGGCGUCGUCGUUCGUGCACAGUGCACACAAGUGAGACGACGGAAGCCCCCAUGCAGGCAUGCAUGGCCGUGAGUGCUUCGAUUCGUCGGUAGAGUUCGCCGGUGGUUACCUACCUUACCUGCCAAGAAGAAAGAAACUAAAGGGGAAGCGUGGUGUAUGUAUUCUUUGUUCAUUCACGAGCGACUAGCUAGCGAUCGUGCUGGAAAUAAUUGUGUCCGUGGAAGAAUGUGCUAUAUCAAUGUACGCACUGAUAUUAAUUGACGAAACGGAACUCGCAAGUCGCAAGUGCA